ACCUCCCAAAUCGUUGGGGAACGAUGUGGUAACGAACCAAAUCAGUGCUCCUCAGCCAAUGGGAAUGCACCUGGACUGUGAACCAACGAGUGUUGUCGUUACCCAAGUGCAAGUGAGACACCACCUAAAAAGAGAGAGAGCUAAACCCACGGGACGUAGACACGAGAGAAAAUUUCUUGGGGUUCCGCUUUCCGUUUAUUAUUAUUACGUUUUUUUCACCUUUAUUUUUCAUCAACAACCACAAAAUCCUCCAAUUAAAAAUCAUCCCGUUGUGCCCCAACGACAACUCAUGAACAAUAACCAGUGUAUGAUCGAUAAUUCGUGUUAACGAUAAAUAACAGUAACAAACGUUUAUUUGGAAUUGAUAAAUCCGAGCUCAGGGAGGAUAAAAUGAAAGUUAAAAUAAGAGGAAUGAGAAACGAGAAAUGGUGGACGGUUGUAUGAAAACGAAUUGGACGAGUGAAAUUGGAUAGAAAAAGAUCAGCCGGCGAGACGCGCGGAAACCUCUUCCUCCUUCAGGGACGGUAUUAUUCCCCUAGUAUCAGCCAAAUGCAACAAUAUCUGUCUUCCUUUGCCAGUGAUAUCUCACUCCAACACCAUAAAAAAUUGUAACCGUUUGGCUAGAGCUGGCUGAACAUCAGCAGAAUCAUCCUAUCAACAUCCAACAUAUUCAGCAUGCUGCACCAAUCGAUGUUACGUGAAUUUUAAUCAUUCAUCUUCAGAGCUCGUGUCAAUUAGAGACGUGAGUUUGCAAGCAGGCGAAAUUCCUGGGAUUUUAUCGAACUGGGGAGGAACAUUGGCUACGAUAGGAUCAGUUUUGGUGUCAGUUAAUUUUCCAAAUCCGGUGAAAAUCGUGUAAAGUAGAUCGAGUGAGUUGAGUGAUGUGCAAAGUGUAACCGAGACGUAAAUAAGAUUUUCGGUGACUCCGUGGGGGUGAAUCGAAGCUGCGGGGAAGGGCCACCGAGAGUUGGUGCGUGGGUGGUGUAACACUGAAGUUAUUAGUUUUUAACUGGAGAAGAGAGGAACUGGAUUAUUUAUCUCGUUGUUUUUAUUUGGGAGCAUUUUUCGUCUGGCCCUGGCUGUGGGGGUCCAUGCCAAGUGCCAAGAAUGGGCAUUUGUUGGUGCUCGUGACACCAACACUUAUUCCAACCUCGUGGACAACAUCCUGGGGAUUUUUUAAUCGUCGAUGAUGAGAGUGUCAAUUGACAACAGCUUGGAUUCAUCCGAUUGAGGCUGAUAACUCGGCCAUUCUCAAAGCAAUUAUUUGACUGUUUGUUCUGUGAUGUGACAAUAGUACCUCCAGGUUCGUUCGAUCAACUCUGACGGAUUGAGAACGUCUAGAGAGCGGAAAGAGUGGGCAAGGUAACGAGUGUUGAAUUAAAAAUACUGAAUAUUUACUGGGAGACAUUUGGUUAUUGUGUUGAGCUGAAGAUGAGAGGUUAAACGUUGGAGGGAUGGGUCGUGGUAGGGUAACAGUAUGCGGGAGAAGUCUUCAGAAUGUCCCACUCACGUAGAUUACGUGAGGGGCACGACAGAGAUGUGCUCGCGUGAUCCUCCCGCCCUACAUCCAGCCCUUGCCAAGGCCAAUGGUAAAAAUUCAUCGCCUCAGGCGAGCCCACAGGGAGAAGGGAGAAUUGAGGGAAAUUGUUUGCCAACACCUGGGGGAAGAUUGAAGUUCUUUAAGGAUGGCAAAUUUAUACUGGAGUUGUCACACAGGAGGGAUGGUGAGAGGACAACUUGGUUUCCUGUACCUAAGAAGACUUUUUGGCCUCCUGCUAGCACAACACCGAACAGACAGGAGAGCUCCACUUCACUCAGUGUAUCCGAUGACAAUUCUUCGAUCCAAUCGAGUCCCUGGCAGCGAGAUCACUGUUGGAAACAGACUCAUCCCCGACGUUGCGUGACAACGGAAUUCAAUUUUUCUUAUCACCGUGAUCCUCGCAAUCGUCUCUCCGCACCGUCCCGCCAACUAGCGAGAAUUCGUCGACGUCCCCUGGAGCCAUGGCCCCUGCCCCUCGUCAUCGAGACUCACACGAGGCGGAAGCAAUCAGCAAAAAGCAAUAACGUCACUCCAGGAAAAGCACUGACUCUCAUUAUUGACAAGUUAUCCCGAUUGGAUCCAAACGUUGUGUCUCCAAGGAAGAGAAUUCUCAGGGAAUUGGAGAGGGUCACCCUCGAGGAUCAAGCAUCCAAGAGGCGUGCCACACCCCAGCCCAUAACCCCCACAACAACGACAACUUCUGUUCAAUCACAGAAACAGUUGUGUUCGUACAGUAUCACCAGUAUUUUGGGUGAGGACAAACCAAGUCCAGAACCUGGCUUCCUCAGAAAUCUCCUCAAGCUCGAGGACACUAAUGCUGUUAAAUACUCGUCGAGUCAUUCCUAUCCUAGGGGCAGAAUCGAUCCAUUCGUUGCAUCUGCCAAUACAUCGAUUCAUCAUCCUAUUUAUGGUGUACCAAUGCUACCACCUGGACCAUACAGACCAGGACUGUGGAUGCACUAUCCACCUCCUGUUCAUUAUCCACCACCUCUCCCCAUUUAUCCACCCCCACCACCUCCACAUCCAUCGUCUUCACCGGUUCAUCAUUAUAAGGAUUAUAGGGAACAAACUCUAACGCCUCCAUCAGAUAUGCCGUUAAAUUUGUCGAAGCAUGCCGGUUGAAUCUCAAAACUCCCGAAAAACCUUCAAGCAAAAAGAAAAAACAAAUUUGGUGCCUUAGUGAAGAAUAAAUUAUCAAUAUCAGCCCCACUGCCCGUGCAACGACAAUGACUAUCACUAGUAUUUUUCUACACCAUUAAAUCAUCCACAAGAGGGAGAAAAAAAAUUGGAACUGAAAACUCGAGAGCCAACCGGAAUGAAGAAAAAUUGAAAAAUCAAACUAUCGAUGAAGGGAAAAAAGUGGAAAAACCGAUUGCUAGACGAAUGAGUCGACCCUCCUGUACAUAAUUGAAAUGCAAAGUCUGUCGAUGUUGAUGGAAAAAGGCCCUCAGCUUCAUUGCAAUUCAUUAAGAACAAAUUUAAUCAUCUCGAGUCAUUAAUAAACUUCGUGCAUAUAGUAUUAAAAAUCAACUACGUUUGAGGUAAUGUGCAAUGAGCCCAUGAUAACGUCAGUGAAUCACUCAAUUUUCUGGUAAUUAGCAUGAGAACAAAUUGAUUGAAUAUUUCUUUAAUUAUCAGAUAACGUCCAUUAGGUGAUAGGGUCUCGAAUUAACAGCGAAGUUCAAUCACUUUGCCGAAUCAACCAAAAUAAUAUUCAUCUUCCCACGUUGAAAUUCAGUGAAUAAAAUCGCAACUAGAGAUUAAUUUUUAUUACACUCUGAAUUUAUCAAGAUUCUAACAAUUUCUCAGAUUGUGUUUUUUUUGUACUGUAAAAAUCAUUUUUUUAAAUAAGUCAUUAACGUUCCUCGUUGAUUCUUGUGCAUCCCACUCACACUGAUGUUUAACGAAUUCUGAUUAAUGUUUAAUUGAUCUAGUUCAUCAAUAAUUUAUGAUUAGGGAAAAUCCUGAGAAACUGUGAGUUAUGGGUAUUUUCAAUGAAUUUACAGGUCUUUUAGUGAUCUUUGCGAAAUGUAAUUGAGAUAACAAAAGUGACCCGUAUGAAAGACAUAGGUUUAUGUACAGAAACAGAUAUUACAUAAUAUACAUAAUUAGAUAUAUUAUAUUCUUAUUAUUAUUGGAGAAUUUGUAGCGAUUUUUGGUUAAUUUAGGAGUAAGAAUUUUUUUUUUUCAUUUUCUUGGUUAGUAUGGAGGAAACAUAUUUAUGCAAUAUCAAGAACUAUGAAGACCUUUAAAAAAAUAUAUAUAUACAUUAUGAAAUUGAAUGAUACAGAGCGUGAGGUGUGCCUUAAGAUAUCUCGGUGUGAAGCAAAAACUUUUUUUAACAAAUUCAUUGUAGGAAAAAUAAUGAACCGAUCGAUGUGCAUUAGACUCCUAUGUACAUAUACAUUUUUUAAUUCUUUAAUGACAUUUCUUUUAUCAUCAUUCAAGCGUGUCGGACUGAAUACACGCAACACUGACUUGAAUUUAUAUUUAUUUAAAUGAGAGGAAAAAACGUGAUUAUUUUCGGGGAGUUUUUUUUACAACUCGAAGGAAAAAUGUUAGAAAAUAGAAAAUGAAUAAGGCAAAUUCACUCAGGCUCUAAUAGAUAAAAUAAUUUACACAUUCAAUGAAUCUUUGUGAGAAAAAGUGUGAAGGAAAAAUGAGAAAAUUGUAUAGAAAGACUAAUUUCGUAAAUAUACAUAUUUCGUAUAUACUAGA